AUGCAGUCAAAUAAUAUUGAAUCUUAUGAUAUAUUAAGUGAUGAUGAAGACGAAAAUGAAUCACGUCUUACUUGUUCAUUACGUUGGUUAAUAAGUAAAGCAUAUCAACAUGGUACAAUACCAGAUUAUUUACCAAAUGAACAUUUUUUUCAAAAUGAAAAUAAUGAACGUUUUUUAUCACCUGAUAUAGCACUUGUUUUAUUAUCAGGUGAUUUAUAUAUACGUGCAUUUCAAUAUAUAACAAAUCAACAAGAUCAAUUAAUAACAUAUGAUGAUAUUAUAAAUUAUUUUUAUUCACAAAAUAUUCUUAUAGAUAUAAAUUUAUUAAAACAAGAUGAACCUUUAAAUGCUCAUGUACAUUUAGAAUUAAUUGACAAUCUUAUGAAAUUAUAUUUUAAUAUAAUACUUGAUCAAAAUAUACUUUAUCAACGUUUUGAAAAACUUCAAUUAAAAUCUGUUUUAACAUUAUUAAAUAAAUCGAAACAAUUAAAUACAGAAUCAUUUUUAAUUAUAUGGAUUAAUGGUAUAUGUGAAUAUAUGGCUAAUCAAUGUUCACAACGUAUUCCACCUGUUAUUGAUUUACGGACAGCAUUAAUUGAUGGUACAUGUUUAUUUUCACUUAUAUCAUAUUAUGAUGAAAAUUAUAAUAUGAAAAAAAAUAAAAAUGAUUUAAAUAUUUUAAGAAAUUAUUUAAAUCAUUAUAAUGGACAUAAAAUGACAAAUAUAUUUCCAUUUACAGUAAAAAAUUUACGUGAAAAUAUUAUACCAGAUAUAAAUAUACAUGGUAUGCUUGUUGAUUUAUUUGUUUUAUAUGAAAUUGAAGAAAAUAUUGAUAAAAAAGAUUUAUCUUUAAAUUCUAAUGAAUAUGAAGAUGAAGAAAAUAUAUAUACAAAUAAAUCAAAUCAAACUUAUUCACUUGAUGAUGAUGAUAAUAAUAAUAAUAAUAAUGAGGAUGGUACUAAUGAAUUUUUUAUUUUAAAUGAUAAUAAUAAUGAACAAAUUACAACCGGUGGAAUUUUACAAACAAGUACAAAUCAUGAUAGACAAUUAGUUGCUCCAAUAAAAAGUAGUUUAAAAAACUCAAUAUCUUCAUCAACAAAUGCUAAUGUAUCACAAAAAAAGACAACAUUUAUGCCAACAACAACAACAUGGCAACGACAAGCAUUAUCAAAUCAAACAACACCAAUAAUUACAAUACGUAAUCAUGAAAUGACACCUACUGAUGAUUCUCAAUUAACAAAUGAAUAUUUAGCUGUUAAAAUGCAAUUAGAAAUGAAAAAACGUUCGAUUGAACGUGAUAAACAACGUUUAGAAAAUAUGCGUGAUAAUAAAAGACAAACAAUAAGUCAAGAAGCAUUUAAACAAUUAUUACAACAAAAAACACGUCAUACAUCAGCAUUAACUAAUGAAUUUUUACCUUCAACACAAUCUAAUAAUAAUCAUAUUCGUAAAUCUCAAACAACAUCUGAAUUUCGUUCUCAACCAAAUACAACUAGAGCACAACAACAACAAAAACCGGUUUUAAUUGAAUCAAAAAAAGAAGAAUCAUCUAUUGUAGAUUUAUCUAAACCAAUGACACGUGAUGAAUUUUUAAAUACACUUGAAUUACUUAAACAAAAAUAUAUUGAAACAACAACAUCAACACCUUCUAAUAUUAUUGAAGAAAAUCGAAAUGAUGAAAACCAUAGAAUUGAACAACUUAAUUCAAAUAUUGGAGAAUUACAACAGGUAUUAACAAGUUUAUCUGUAAAACAAGAAGAAAUACAUAAUCAAGUAGUUAAUGCAAAUGGUGGUAAUGUAUCUCGUAAUGCAACAUUUUCAACAAAAUCAAUGACAUUUCCACGACGAAUAUCAUCAUCAACACCCCGUGAACAACAAGAAGAAUCAUCUAAAUUUGACAAAUCUCCUAAAUCAAAUGGUUUAAUACUUGAAAUUAUUGAUAAUCCAACAGCAUCAACAGCUAUUGAAAUGGAACGUAAACGUGAAUUAGUUUUACAACGACAACAACAACGUCAAGAAGCCUAUGAACGACGACGUCAAAUGAGAGAAAUGAACAAUUUAAAACGUGAUAAUGAACGACGAAUGAAAGAUAAUGAAGAUUCAGCAAAAAAACUUGAACGUGAACAAAGACGAGAUGAAAUUUUUCGACAAUAUUUAAUGAAAAAAGAAAAAACUGUAUCCAAUACGAAUGAUCAGACCAAUGGUGAACAUCCAAUUAUUAAAAUGAGACCGAAAAGUUCAGCUUCGGCAACAUUACCAAGACCUCCUAUUGAAAAACGACAAACCGGUCCAAUAGUAAUAUCACCAUUUGGUGCACGAAUAGAUAGUGUAUCUUCUACAGAUGUUCUCAAUAAUUCGGAUACAAAUGAAACAAUCUCAACACCUGCAUUAUCAUUUGUUCGAAUGGCUGAAUUACGUGCUAAUAAAACAUCUUCUCAUUCAACAAAAAUUGAUUCUCGUACAUUACCACGUUCAUCAGCACGUUCAACAACUGAACCUCCAUUACCACUCAUUCCAUUAAGUGAACCACGUUAUCCAUUAGCUAAACCUUUAUCAGGUAAAAGUAAUAAACAAACGAUAGUUAAUGCAUUAACACAAGUUAUACUUGCUGGUCGUGUUAAUGAUCGUGUACGUGAACAAGUAUGUGAUGAAAUUGAACGUAAUAUAGAAAAAAUAAAACAUUUUAUUAUCUUAUUUCGUGAUUCACGUUUACAAUUUCGUGGUAUUUAUACAUUUAUUCCAAGUACAACAUCCGAUUUACCAGCACGUAUUGAACGUUUAUAUGGUCAAGGACCACGUGAAAUAACUGAAUCCAUGGUUGAAAAUUUUUAUAAAUAUAAUAAUGGUUCAAAACAAUUUUCUCAAGUACCAAUGAAAUCAUUUAGUGUUCAAUGUGAUGCUAUAACAAUAUUAAAUAGUUAUUGGACUCAACAAUCGGCGGCCGUUAAACGAACAACAGCACUUCCUCCAAAUCCGUCUGAUUAG